AUGUUCUCGUCAGCCCUCAAGUCCUUCACUUCCAACAUUGCUUCCAACUACUCCAUCGCUCCCCAGCCUAGUUCAACCUCUGGACCAUGGAGGAUCUUCGACGCGAAAAAGAAGUCGACGGGUAAGCCCGUCUCGGUCUUCAUCUUUGAUAAAAAGUCCCUCGAACCUUCGACCAAUUCUCUUGGAGGCGGUCGCGCCAAUACCUCCUCGGUCAAGCGCGCUCAGGAAGAUGUCAUUGAUCGUCUGAAAAAGGAGGCAAGCUCUCUCGCUCGUCUGCGCCAUCCUAGUGUAUUGGAACUGGCUGAGCCUGUGGAGGAGACUCGUAAUGGGGGCCUCAUGUUUGCGACUGAGCAAGUCACGGUUUCACUGGCUGCCUUGUUGAGCGAAAAGGACGACCAAGAAAGAGCUGGGAGAGGCGCUGGAAGAAACAGCCGUUACGUCGUCCGAGGAAACGAUGGUCAAGACGAAAUACGUGAACUCGAAUUAGAUGAGUUGGAAAUACAAAAGGGUCUCUUGCAGAUCGCAAAGGGUUUGGAGUUCUUGCAUCAGAGUGCCAAAUUGGUCCACGCGAACCUGACGCCCGAGGCCAUCUUUGUCAAUGCCAAAUCUGAUUGGAAGAUCUCGGGCCUGGCCUUUGCUACUCCCUUUUCCGAUUCUGCCUCGUCGCCGUCCUUGUCGCUAUCCGAAGUCCUGAACCAUGACCCGAGACUGCCACCUUCUGUACAACUCAGUCUUGACUAUACUUCUCCUGACUUUGUUCUCGACAACAACAUCAACCCCUCGGCAGACAUGUUCUCCCUGGGUCUUCUCAUUAUCGCUCUUUACAACUCUCCGCAUCGCAGUCCGAUCGAGACUCACGAGAGUCUUUCGGCUUACCGACGUGCCUUCUCCUCACCUUCUUCCGUCCCUAGCCAAACCAACAACUUUCUCUCUUCAGUUCCACUACCCAAGAAUCUGUCUUCUGAGCUACUGCCACGCCUGAUAACCCGUCGUCCGGCGCAGCGACUCAAUGCCAUGGAGUUUCAGCAAGCUCAGUAUUUCGACAACAUACUCGUCUCGACUAUCCGCUUUCUUGAUGACUUGCCGGCCAAGACACCCAACGAGAAGGCUCAGUUCAUGCGAGGUCUGGCGAAGAUCAUGCCGCAGUUCCCCAAGUCUGUCCUGGAAAGAAAGCUUCUCCCUGCCUUGCUGGAAGAAAUGAAGGAUCGCGAGCUGUUGGCUCCAAUCCUCUUGAACGUCUUUGCCAUCGUGAAGGCUUCGCCAUCGGGGAAACGUACUUUCACUGACAAGGUUAUUCCAAGGUUGCGUAAUAUCUUCCUUACACAGCCAAAUACUAAAGCUCCUGCUGAGCGUGACACUUCCAAAGAGGCUGGUUUGAUGAUUGUGCUUGAGAACAUGGAGAUUGUGGCCGGCAACUGUUCUGGCAAAGAAUUUAGAGAUGACAUCCUGCCUAUCAUUGCUUUGGGUCUUGCUUCUCCUACUCACGCCGUGGUCGAUGCUGCCCUCUCGACUCUACCAUCAGUCCUGCCUGCUCUCGACUACAGCACCAUCAAGAACGAACUGUUCCCAGUCAUCGCGGGCGUCUUUGCUCACACAAGCUCCCUCGGCAUCAAAGUUCGUGGUCUUGAGGCCUUCUACACGCUCUGUGGUGGUACUGCUGAGAAUGACUCCAUCAGUGACGGUCUUGAUGGCGUCUCAAUAUCGCGUGACUCGUCCAAAGUCGGUAGUAGCCAAGUCCUUGACAAGUUCACGAUACAGGAGAAGGUCGUGCCUCUGAUGAAGGGCAUCAAGACGAAAGAACCCGGUGUCAUGAUGGCCGUUCUCAAGGUGUUCAGGCAGAUCGGUCAGGUCGUAGAUUCUGACUUCCUCGCCAUGGAAGCCCUCCCCAUUCUCUGGAGCUUCAGUCUUGGGCCUCUUCUUGAUCUUGAGCAGUUCCAGGCUUUUAUGACCUUGAUCAAGUCGCUGUCUUUACGGAUUGAACGAGAACACACACGCAAGCUGCAAGAGCUCGGCUCAAAUAAUGGUGCAGGUUCGGCACGAUCUGGGGCAAAGCAGCCGACUGCAUUCCAAACAAUUACGGCCAGCAACGGAGGUGAUGUGGACUUUGCAAGUUUGGUCAGUGGAAGGAAAGGCAAUGCUACCCCGGACAUCAUGAACGAUUGGGGCCCGCCCGCUGCCAAACCUGCAUCAACACAGUUUUCGGCUCCCAUGUCUAGCGCACCGCAGACCUCAUCCUUCUCCUCUUGGACGAGUGCAGCACCAGCCCCUCGACAGAGCAGCAACACUCUGGGCUCUUUGCAGGCGUCUGCCAACCUAAGAACGGUAACGCCAGAUCAAAGUCUGAAUCUCAAUAAUUCUUUUGCUGCAUUAACACCCGCAUCACCUUACAAUGCACCGCUGCAGCCCUCUUCUCGACAGCCAUCGAGUUUGAUAUCGUCACCUCUGGGCCAGGCAGUGAGCAAUACUCCAUCUUCGAUCAACUGGUCUGCGGCAGCGAUGGCACCAAGCCCCUCAACUUGGUCAUCACAGCAGCGGCCGACGAAUGGAGGUGCUCUUCCUCCACCUUCACAGCGGACUUCUUCUUUCACAAUACCUCCGCCUCCAAGCUCCAUGUCACAGGCCCCAAGUCUCAAGCCCAGCUCCGCAUUCUCAAUGUCCGCCAUGCAACCUCAAAGGCAAGCUUUGCAGCAACAAACGCAACAGCAGCUACAGCAACAGACAAGCCGAAUCAGCGGGUUAGACAAGUACCAAUCCUUGAUUUGA